CACGUCUCCACUGCUGUCCAUCAACGUGGCACAGCAAGCCCCGCCCACCGGCGUGACGACUUCCGGUAGCGACUCCCUCCCUCCCCCUCAGGCGACUGAUUCCGGCGGAAGAGCCCUGUGUUGUGUUAGGACAAAUCCUGGAGCAGAAACGGCCAGACUGCAUCAGUUUAUUUCUCUGGUGAUAAAUAGAGAGUAGAGGUUGAGUCGGGGGAAGAUGAGCCGGGGGUAAGAUCAGACGCCUGUGCAUCUGAGCAUUGAUUUGUCAUGUGAGCACACGAUCUGGAGGAAGUGUCUGUAAAUGAGAGGAACGCAAGAGAAACGUGCUUGUCCUGUUGUCAAUCACCACAGGAAAGCGAUCAUGCCACGGAACUAUAUUCGUAAAACAGACUGGGGAUCAGUGACCUAUGAGGAGCUGGAGAAAGCCUUCAUUGAAGUGAAGCGAGGGAAAUCUAUCAGAACAGUAGCAAAAGAAAGAAAGAUCGGCAGGUCCACCCUGCAGCGCUACAUGAAGAAGGCAGAAGAAAAGAGAGAGAAGACGGUGGGCUACAGAGGAACGGCUGAAGCCAGGAGGAUCUUGUCUGAGGAGUUAGAGGAGGAGCUUGCUGAACACAUCCGCAUGCUGAGCGAAGGCGUGCACGGCCUCGCGCCAAAGAAGUGCAGAGAAAUCGCUUUUGAGUUUGCGCAGAAGAACAACAUUCCCGUCCCCAACAACUGGGGAGAGCAGAGGUCGAGACUGGCUCAGUAGUUUCAUAACACGCCACAAUCUCUACGGCCACAUAACUGAAGCUACAGGACAGGUGACAGAGCCCCUGAAGAGUAUCUGACUGAAUCAGUAACUAUUGACCCUUAUUAGCAACCAGAACCGGCUGUAAUAGAGAUGAACUGGAGGAUUCACAGCUGACAUAUUUACCUUUCUGCAUUUUCUAGAUCAUCAGUUUCAGUGUCAUCGACCAGGAUGAAAUCAAGACAGGAAUCAAAGAGGAGCUCGAUGUUCCUGUCCCCGGCCAUCAGACUUCAGAGUAGGACUGAGAGCGAGACCUGUUAGAGACUGACUUGUUUCUGACAUGAUGUUAUAUGAUGAAGCACAAUGUCAACAAAAAGACAUUCUGAUGCUUAAUCCUGUUUCCUGUUCAUUUAGGAAUUUCUUUCACAAAAUAAGUACUGCAGAAUGAUUUAAAUGUGGUCACAUAAUUUUUUAAUCAAAAUUCUGUUCAUGCUGGUACUUAUAGAAAUCAUUCAUACUCAUGUUUUAUUUCUUAAGUUAAUGUUUCAGUUUAAAUAUAUGUAUUUAUUUAUUUGUAUAUUCCUGUAGCUUAACUAAUAGAGCAUGGUACUUGCAAUGCCAAAGUUAUGGAGUAACCUUCAACCCCAAAACAAUUCUCUGUUUUAUAUCUAAGGGGGGAAAAACUUUAAAAAGUUAUACUGUACAUAAAACCGUGUUCGGAGAUAUUAAAUAUGGUUCUUUCAGAAA